AUGUCAAGUGGGACAACUUUUAAACUUGUCAUGUUAGGUGGAGGUGCCGUCGGGAAGUCAGCUAUCACUGUGCAACUUGUUUCUGGCCACUUUGUCCAGAUUUACGAUCCGACUAUUGAAGAUUCAUACAGAACGUCGAUUUCAGUCGAUGGUGAGAUGGUGGGCUUGGACCUUCUCGAUACCGCCGGUCAAGAAGAAUACUCUGCUUUGAGAGAUCAGUACAUGAGAUCUGGUGAUGGAUAUGUCAUAGUCUAUUCCAUCACAUCCACAACUUCUUUCCUUGAAGCGAACGGAUUCAGAGAACAACUUUAUAGAGUGUUGGAUAAGGAUAUGGCGACUGACCACGUCUCCAUUGCUCUUUGUGGGAACAAGUGCGAUUUGGAGUCCGAGAGACAAGUCCAAACUACAGAAGCGAAGAAGUUGGCUGAUGACUGGAAGGUUCUUUUCUUCGAGACUUCUGCUAAAAACAAAAUCAAUAUUAGCGAGACUUUCGUUGCUCUUGUGAAGGAUAUCAAACAAAAUAGAGCAUCAUCUCAGGCUGCCGCACCAAGCGCAGGUGAAGAGGCUGGUAAAAAAGACAAGAAAAAGGACAAGAAAGACAAAAAGUGUACACUUCUGUGA